GCUCUGUGCAUGCACAUUCUAAUAACUUUCCUUUUCUUCUACCUUGCUAAAUAAUCCUCCAAAACCACUUCACAAAAAAAUAUGAAGAUUUUUAAAUGGAUGCAAAAUAGGUUUAGUGGCACAAAUGAGAAAAUGAAACCAAACUCAAUUUCCACUACCCAUUAUAUGUUGAGUGAGUCUUAUAGACAAGACUUGAUCAAUGAUUGGGAUGAGGCACUAGUACUUGCAAUUGGAACAUUUGGGAAUAUUAAUAACAAUUUGAAAGAAGAUUAUAAUAAAAAUAUUGAUGAAGAAGAUUCAUAUAAUUCCUUUAAAGAUUGUUCAAAGGAGUUAUGUUUUGGAGAAGAUGAAAAUUUUGAGAAUGAAGUGAAAAUAAAUUUGGAAGAGAACAAUUUAUAUACAAGCAACAAUUUAAUAUACAAUAGAGGAUCAAGGGAUUGUUUGGAUAAAAGUAAGAAUGACGUUUCAAAAAAAUCACUUUCUUUUCUUCUUAAGAAGAUGUUUGUUUGUGGAAAUGGAUUGCCAUCUACUAUUCCUUUGUGCAAAGAUCAUCUCUCAUCAGAGUCUAGAAUGGAGAAGAUUUUGAAGGCAAUACUUCACAAAAAGAUUCAUCCACAUGAUUCAUGUUCAACCAUGGUUGUAAAAAAGUAUAUUAAGAAUAAUUCAAUUUCAGAAUCUGACAAUGACUCUGAUGAGAACGAAGAAGAUGAAAAGUUUAAUCCUAAUAAUAUUGUAGAGAAAAGAUGCAAAUGGAUUAACACAGAUUCCGAAUAUAUUGUUCUUGAGAUAUAAAUGACUUCUUCUGAUGUACUACAUAUUGAUAUUGAUAUUGAUAUAAUAGCAAAAUAGCAAGGAUUAUUCUGGAAAAUGUUUGUAUUUUAAAAUACAUUUUCUAACACAUGAAUGUUAGAAAUUGCAUUCCAGUUACUUACAGAAAAUAUAUGCAUCUUAAUGUCUGUAUAUAUGUAAAAUUAAGGUGAUAAUUAUAACAAGUUUUUUUUUCU